AUGAAGUUCUCCAGCGCCGUUUCUCUCGUUUCCAUCGCCGCCGUCGCCGUCGCCGAAAACUCGACCUACGUCAACUCCACUGAGACCGUUGUCUCUCCUUCCACCACUUUGGUCACCAUCACCUCUUGUUUGGACGACGCUUGUGCCAGCAAGACCACAUACACCACUCACGAGUUGUCCACCGUCACCGACACCAUCACCUCUUGCUCCGGUGGUUGCACUCCAACCUCCACUGCCACUGAGGCUGCUGGCGAAGACGACAUCACUUACGUCGACGUCACCACCACCCCAGAAGUCACCACUUCUGUCGUGUCAACCGUCAAGUCGACCUCCACACCAUACUCUUUCACUACCGUUGCUACUUCCAACUUGACUUCUACUUACGCUUACAACAGCACUACUGCUGCUAUCAGCACUUACGAGGGUUCUGCUCCAGUCGUCGCCGCCGGUGUCGGUGCCGUCUUGGGUGGUUUGGCCGUUGCCAUUUUGUAA